UACGAUUAAGACAAUACUAUUGUUUAGAUCAUCAAUCGUUACUUUGUAGACUGCUGAUCAAAUAGUGUAAUUCGCUUUUAAUAUAAAGUAAUUCACAAGGAAAGCAAUUAGCUUAUUUACAUGAAACUGCUGAUAUCCGAGACGAAUAUUUUAUUUAAUGAUGGCGAAUGUGAUAGAAGGAAAAAAGGCGCAAAUGAUGCAACUCUAUAACUCGAUAUGAUGGCUAUUUUUACAUUAAAUUAUGACUGUUAAACACCACCAGUCUGGGAGUACUCUCAUAAUGGAGGACACUCACCAUAAAGAACUUCAUAAACUGCUGGAAACAUCAUUAGACAAGCGGGUGGUAAUCAAUGUCGGGGGUCAAAAAUUUGAGACUUUUGUAUCUACAUUGGAACGCCUCCCAAAUACCAGACUUUCUCUCCUGGCACAAAACCUUGAGGCUGACGAGAGUUAUGAUCCGUUGACUAGAGAGUAUUAUUUUGAUCGCCACCCUGCAGCGUUUGCCGCCAUUUUGCAAUAUUAUAGAUCUGAAGAGCUACAUGUAGAUCAGAAUAUAUGCGGCAACGUCAUGAAAACGGAAAUGAGCUUCUGGGGACUGAACGAGUUAGACAUCGAACCAUGCUGUUGGGUCUCAUAUAGCAAAUUUACGGACCAUAAGGAGACACUUGCCGCACUAGAUGACAAUUUUCUGUUUGAUUUUCACGACGAAUAUGCCUGGGAGAAGGGCGAGUCUUAUUGGCGUAUGCUCCGAAGAAAAGCAUGGCGUUUCAUGGAGGAUCCGGGUUCAUCAAAAGCUGCUAAGGCAUAUGCUGUGAUAUCGAUGUUCUUCGUUGUCUUGUCCAUUGGGGUUUUCGUUAUGGAGACACAUCCAUUGAUGCGUGUUGUCGAUGAAAACUACAAUGCAACGAUUGCGUCCACUCCGUCCACAAUGUACACUACGUCAGUAGGACAGUCAUGCUGCUGCAGUGAUUCUUCUGGCCCACCUGCUAAAUCUCCAAUCAUUCCAGGAUAUAAACCCCACCCUGCCAUGGAGUAUGUAGAUUACGUCUGUGUUGGAUUUUUUACAAUUGAAGUCAUAUUGCGCUUCGCCCUUGCCCCCAAAAAGUUGAUAUUUUUGAAAGAUCUCUUAAACAUGAUAGACAUACUUUGCCUGUUGCCCCAUUAUACAAGUAUUGUGCUGGCUAAUAGCGGCGAUGUGACCGGGGGCAUCGCUGCAAGUGCUGUUAAAGCCGUUCUAGCUGCGAGAAUCAUACGUAUGCUCAGAAUAUUCAAACUUGCUAAACAUUAUUCUGCUUUUAAAAUCCUAGCAUACACUAUCAAGGUUAGCACUAAGGAAUUGAUGUUGAUGGUAAUGUUUCUAUUCGUUGGAGUGCUGAUUUUUGCCAGUUUGAUUUAUAUUGUUGAGCCAAACAAUUUUGGAAAUAUUCCUCUCGGAUUCUGGUGGGCGCUUGUCACUAUGACGACCGUCGGUUACGGGGACAUAUACCCAGAGGAGACCCUUGGCUACGUUAUCGGGUCAAUGUGUGUAUGGUGCGGAGUACUCACCAUCGCUUUUACAGUCCCAAUCGUAGUUAACAACUUUACUUUGUAUUAUUCCCACGCCCAAAGCAGAAUAAAACUCCCAAAAGGUAAAAAACCGAAACGUAAAAAGCUUAGACGUGGAGCAAGUGAGCACAGCGUAGACACAAAUGAUACACCGAGAGAAGGUGGAGACACCCCCGUUAUUAAACUGAUCAAUGGAUUUCCUGAAACUCCUGAUAAAUCGAAAAUAAACAAUAAAAAUCUCAACAAUCUUAACAUCCAGCCGCAAACGAAAGAGACUUUUAAAUAUCAGAAGCUUCACAAUUCGAAGGAGAUGCAAUCUGUCAAAAGACCUCCAUAUGGGAAUCAAUCUAGCAGGCACCAUCGAGUGAGUCAUGGGAAACCUGAGCAUGGUGUCGUCACAAUCUCAGAUACAAUCAUGGAAGAUCAUGAAGUGCACUGCGAGUCUGAAAGCGCACCAUCUCUCAGUUCAUCGCUAGAUAAUUCUGGGAUUGCUGCAUCUUACAAGAAUGAAAUGCAACUGCAUCAAAAAGAGAGCGAGCGUUUACUGAGCGACCUAAAUGAUGUCAACAAGAAAGCUCAGAACGAAAUGGAACGUCAGAAACGAUUGAUGAAAGAACGAGUUGAGCGGAGAAAGUUAGAGCAGAAAGAAGCGGAGUCCAAGCGCCAAAUUAAUGAACGAGAGAAACGAAAAAACCAACAGGAUAUAGAAACUGGUGAAUCUGAGAGUAGUUGUGAGGAGCCGGAUGAUAAAGAGGAAGAGGUUACCACGCCCCAGCCACCUACCAAAGAAAAGAAAAGAAAAAAGGGAAAACCAAAGAAGGAAAAUAAUAUGUGUGACGAUAAAGUAGUUAUAGAGAAAGAAGGCCAAAAAGUUAAAAAGAAGAAACGGGCGAAGGUUUCUAAACAAAAAUGAAACCUUAGAUUUGAGCAGUAAAUAAAAGUAUUUUUAUAGAGCUUUGAACCGAUGGCCAUUUUCUAAGAAAACAAGAAAACAUAUCAAUUCAGUUAGACAAUGGGAAUUCAAUAUUUCUGACUAGAGGCGCAAACUACAGGAUGCAACAACUCUAUAACAAACUCCAUGGCUUAAGAAUCGAUAUAUUACAAAUAUAAACGCCUUAGGAGAAAAAUCAACACAUAGGCAGAUAGAACACAAAGAUCGAUCCGAAAGUAACUGGAUAUGUAGUAUCAUUCAAUUAUGUUAACCCAAACGCCAUGGCAUUUUCUCGGCGUAAACACCGCGGCGGGCAAAUUUAAAAUCAAAAUUAGUCCGAUUUAUUUUACCAUUCUAUAAAAAUAGGACCCACAUCGAAAAAAUGUUGAGUAAUGUUGAUAAUUGAUUUACCACACGUGGAUCAGUGAAUAUGCACAAUGCAAGAUGGCGAAGUUUUCAACAAGUUAAACCCAGAAUGAGAAAAUACAUCAAUGUUGCGAUUCAUUCGAUAUGAAGUAUAGACCCGUUUUCAGGUUAUAACUUUUGCGGAAGCAAUCUAUAAGAUAUAUAGGCUUAAAGGAAAGAGGAGACUAAGUUGUUCUCGGACAUCAUUCAGUUUAGCAAUAAACGCCAUCUUAUUGUAGAAGCUGAGACUUAAACUUUUGCCCGCUGUACUACUGAUACUCGUGAUAUUUGAAAACCAGCUGCCACCAUGAGUUUGAUGGUGUUUAGACCUACAUUUCAAGUUUCGAUGUCGUAGAAUUGAAUAUUUGAAAAUAUUUUUCCUAACACAUUUGUAAUUUUAUGAUUAUAUGCAGAAUGCAGACUAGACUUUGAAAUGAAAGUAUAGGGAUCCAAGGUGGAGUUUUGGAAAUGAAUAGCUCUUAAUAGGUUGGAAAUAUGUCAUUUUCAUGUUUUGUUGCUCGUAAACACAUAAUUUUCUCAAUCUAUUAUAUACUGACUUAAUUAUUUAAAUAUAUAAAGUUCACUGUGAUAGUCAAAAUGCAUUGGUCCGUAAGGCCACCAAUACUAUCAGCUUGCCGGUGUAAAACAUUAACUUGGCUACAUUUAUUUUAUUAAAGUUAAAACAAACAUUUUUAAGCGAAUUAAUAUACUGCAUUUGGGUUUGAUGGUAUUACUAUUUCUAUUCACGAUUUUUCUGAACUAUCACCAUUUAUAAAAAAUGGGAUCUGGACUUUUAUCAUUUCCCGUCUGAUA